AUGGAUACCCGCAAGAGGGGAAGGCUCGAACUCGGUUUCAACUCAAAUGGUGGAUUUAAGAAAUCCAAACAAGAAACGGAGUCCUUAUCUACUGGUGUAGGAAGCAAAUCGAAGCCUUGUACCAAGUUUUUCAGCACUUCUGGUUGUCCAUUUGGUGAGGGCUGCCACUUCCUGCAUUACGUUCCUGGUGGCUAUAAUGCUGUUGCCCAUAUGAUGAAUCUAACACCUGCAGCACCUCCAGCAUCAAGAAAUGUUGCAGCUCUGCCACCUGUACCAAAUGGGUCCACACCACCUGCUGUCAAGACCCGCAUAUGCAACAAGUUUAAUACGGCUGAAGGUUGCAAAUUUGGUGACAAAUGCCAUUUUGCCCAUGGCGAAUGGGAACUUGGUAAGCAUAUUGCUCCAUCAUUUGAUGAUCAUCGAACCGUUGGACCCACUGCAGCAGGUCGUUUUGCUGGUCGAGCGGAGCCUUCUCCUGGUCCUGCCACAAGUUUUGGUUCCCAUGCCACUGCCAAGAUCAGCGUAGAAGCUUCCCUGGCUGGAGCAAUCAUUGGGAAGGGUGGUGUGAACUCAAAACAGAUUUGCCGCCAAACUGGAGCCAAACUUUCGAUCCGGGAGCAUGAAUCUGAUCCUAAUAUUAGAAACAUUGAACUAGAGGGGAAUUUUGAGCAAAUUAAGGAAGCAAGUAACAUGGUGAAGGAUUUGCUUCUGACCCUGCAAAUGUCUGCCACAUCAAAAGCUAACCCAGGUGUUCCUGGUGCACCUAUUCGAGAGCAUGGAAGCAAUUUUAAGACAAAGUUAUGUGAGAAUUUUUCCAAAGGAUCUUGCACAUUUGGAGAGAGAUGUCACUUUGCUCAUGGAGCUGCUGAAUUGCGUAAAUCAGGAUGA